CGGCAGCAUAAAGAGUUUGUCAUUAAAUUUAUUUGUUUUAAGGCUUACACCGAAUUAACAUGAGGCCCACAAAUACUCACCACACCCUCAGAUGAGGACGUUGCUUUUUGGAGCGUGGGUGGUAUUUUACGUCGCUUUUCUUCUGGCAUCACGAAAGAUGUGGACAAGAAAGUAUGUCCGCAGUCCCCUUGCACGAGCUCUUUUCGUUAAUAUGGUAACCGAGACAGAGAUGCCUGGAUACGAAACUCAAGAGUGGUACCGCUGCUGCCCUGACAUGCUUGGAGAAGCUUUGCAACCACUGUUUAUACAGAGCCAUAUGGACACAGACACUAAGGCUUUUCUGAAGAGGAGUGUGGAGAAGUCUGGCUGGCUGUUCACACAGCUCUACCAUUCCUUCUUCUCCACUAUCUUCAGCCCUGUCGUCUCACGAACAUCCAUCAAUGGGUUUCUGGGUCGAGGGUCCAUGUUUGUUUUUUCGAAGGAUCAGUUUCAACAUCUUCUGAAGAUAUCUCCAGACUGGCAAGGGGACAGAUUGCUGGACUUAGGAGCAGGAGAUGGAGGUGUCACAGAUGUGAUGAGCGCUCAUUUCCGAGAAGUCUAUGCAACCGAGGUGUCCCCUCCCAUGAAGUGGCAUCUUCAAAGAAAGAACUACAUGUUGCUGGGCAUUGACGAAUGGCAGAGGACAGGGUUCCAGUAUGACCUGAUCAGCUGUCUGAACCUGUUGGACCGCUGUGAUGAACCAAUGGAGCUGCUCAGGGACAUAAAGAACGCCCUUGUGCCAAACUCAGGCAGGCUCAUUUUGGCAGCGGUGGUGCCCUUCCAGCCUUAUAUUGAAAUAGGUGGGAGGUGGGAGCGUCCAAAGCACCAUAUAAAAAUAAAGGGCAAGACUUGGGAGGAACAAGUUACAAACCUGUCCAGUGAGGUAUUCCAGAAGGCUGGAUUUGAAGUGGAGGCGGUCACACGGUUGCCAUACCUUUGUGAGGGAGAUAUGUACAAUGAUUACUAUGUGUUGGAUGAUGCUGUGUUUGUGUUGAAACCUCAGGAAUGACGUUAUAUUUCCCUCUGUUAUGACGAGAAUGACUUUGUUUUACAGAUUUGUCUAGAAGCUGUAGUGUUAAGUAGCCCAUUGCACUGCUUUGAGUAGAAAAUAGUGUUUUCAUCACUGGCUAGAAAUCACUGUCUUGAAAUCACUGGUUAGAAUAUUGAUUAAUGCUCUACAUACUACGCCGAAUUCAGAUUCCACCUCCAAUCUGUGUGAUAUCUGAAAAUAAACUAGAAUAUAUUACAACUCUGGAACCUCCAGAGAGAAUCACAGUUAUGUGGUUCAAGAGUAAUGAUACAAAAUCUUUUUUGAAAUUACUACAUAUUUUACCUUCACUUUGCCUUUUAAUUUCUUGGCAUGAAAUACUAUGUCAGUAAUUCAUCAUUUUGAAAAAAAAAAAUGUAUAUAUGGAAGUAUUGUACUUUAUUCUGUUUAAAGUGGAUAGACUUUGCCAUACUUGAGCUAUUGAUGACCCCUGUGCCUCUCCAUGGUUGGAUUUAUUUUCUACAGUUUUAUUCAUGGGUUGGUCUUGUUGGUUUUACAUACCUGUGUGAACACAAAGUGACCUGUCGUUACAUUUGUGUUUACGGUGCACAAGGACCAAAUUAAGCACAAUGUAAUUUAUUUCUACUAACACAGAACAUCUCUAUGGAAUUUUAUGCAAACAACAUUACUCUUGGUAUUCACUGUGCAUUAAACUCAGGCUACCAAGCUGCAGUAAAAAUACAGCAAAUACAUCAGGGUUUUCAGUGUCAGCAUUGACCUGACCUAUUUCUUGGCAAUGCCAUCUCACAUUAAUAGCAAUAAGGAGUCCUGCACUUGAGUGUGUUUCAUUUACUUACAUGUGAGGUUUUUUCCCCUCAGUGGCUGAAUUGUUAUGCCAGCAAUGAAUGAUUAUUACUAUAGCAUCAAACACAAUAUUGUUUACAUGUGUAGUGUUCUUUUUUUUGGAGGGGAGUGUAACCGAUGUAUGAAAUUUGUUCGUUACAUUGCAUCUACAGAUAGUGCCAGUAUCAGAGGGUCACUGAUGUGUUACUGAUUUGGUGAAGGACUGUCACAGUAAACGAAUAGCUUAAAAUGUAAAUAAUUAUAGCAGAUACCUUUAACAUAUACAGAAACUAAGAAUAUCGCAGAAAUUCAUGUGUCUGUGUAAACACUGUUAUAACGCUGAUCCAUUGUAAAUUCGUCUGUGUGUAAUUUUACACAUAGUUUACCAUAGAUUUAAUGAAUGAAAUUAUUGGCAAGUAAUUAUUGAAAAAAGUAGUUACUUUGUAUUGUUUUCAUUUUAAAACGUGUUCAAGUUAGAUCUACUUCCUAAGCUCACCCACUGGACAACCUGAAUUAUAAGUAUGCAACUAGUUUUAGCUAUGUCCAGAAAACCCUCUUGUAACUGUCCCGUGCUUACAUAGUUCUGAAUUUCUAGAAAACCUUUAAUAACCUGUUAUUGCAAAUAUUGG